CUACAGUACUCCUACACUGCUAGUGCUGUUUUACCACCCAAAACUAAACCGUUAAAACCUCGGAACAAUUGAGUUCCACACAAACGGUACGUACAUCCGUGAGUUCCCCGCCAAAAUCACAUUCUCAAUCUUAGUCCAAUGCACAAACUCUUCCAAGUCAGUCAUGGACGCCUCUAUUCCCCCAUUAGGAACCGCAUCCGAGACUCCAGAAUUCUCUCACCUAGUUUACUCUUUCACACUUCCACCAAAACCCCAGGUCUCAAAUCCAAGUUAGAUUUCAUUGUAAACGAAGUUGAAGAGCUUCAGUAUUCGCAACCCACAAAGAAAAUAACCCAACCAGCACCAGAAACCGAUGAUUCCUCCGAUGUGACCUGCCCUACGGUGGCUGAGAGAACGACGAUUCAGAUUUCGCACCCGUGGCCUGAGUGGGUGGACUUGAUGGAAUGCUUGUUGAAGAGAGGUUACAUCGAAGGCGAUGGAUACCCAUUUAGAAAUAGCGAACUGGGUGCCAAGGGAUCGAACCAUAUCCGGACCGCGUGCCUUAAUUUCGCACGGGAUCGGUAUGACCUUAUAAGGUUCUUGUCAAGGAAAGAUAUCCAUGUCAUUGCAGGAUCUGGAUGCCCAAGCAUAGAUAGGAAAGUUGUCAACUCAGGAAAGCGAUUGAGGGCGCAUGUUGGUAUUGAUGAGGGAAAUGUUUGCAGCUCUUGCAAUUUAAGGGGAGAGUGCGACAGGGCGUAUGUGAAGCCACGUCAAGAAGAAGGUGGGCGGACUGUGGAUGUCAUGCGUAUCUUGUUAACAUAUGGGCUUGAUCCAAUCACUGGUACAUUGGAGAACAAACCAUUAUUAAACAAAUUGGUUAAAGAAUCAGUGAAAAGGCUGCUGAAAGAAAUGGUUGAGUGUAGCUCCAAGCAACUUGACUCCAAUCUCCAAAAGGCUAAGCCCUUGAAAAGGGUUGCAUCAGCACAAGACCAUUCCAGUCCACCAGAAAAAGGCCAUAUAAAUGUCCCAAUGAAGCCAGGGGACUGGCUUUGUCCCAAGUGCAACUUUCUCAAUUUUGCCAAAAAUGUCAAGUGCUUGCGGUGUGAUGGUUUAUUCCAAGAAAGACUACGGCAACUAUGUGAGGAUCAAAAUCAUCUUCCAUUAAAGAAGGGGGAUUGGAUAUGCGACAAAUGCAAUUUCUUAAAUUUUGCAAAGAAUACAAGAUGCUUGCAAUGCAAGGAGAAGCCUCCAAAGAGGCAACUUAAUCCAGGGGAGUGGGAAUGCGACUCGUGUAACUACAUCAACUUCAGAAAAAACAUGGUGUGCUUGAAAUGCGACUACAGACGACAAAAAGCAUCAAAUACUUCAGAUGCCUCCGCUCAACCUCGACAUGAAAAUGGAGGCUACCAUAACAUGAGGGAAGUGACUGAUAUUAAUGACGAGCCAUCUGUUGGACAGAAUAGAAAAAGUCGAUAUAAAGAUUCAAAUAUGUGGAGAUUUGUGGAGGAUAGUGAUGAUUAUGCUCGCUCAAGCUCAUGGGAUGAAGAUUCUGGAUUUUUAGAUUUCCCCAUUGCUAGGGGGAAGUCUGAUUUGUCUCAAAAUGAACAAAGGAGAGAAAGAUGGAAGUUGGAGAUGCAAGAGAGGAGCAAAGGCACCAUAAGGACAAGGCCAGAAGAUGAUGAAUUCAGGUAUGCACAUUUUCCAAGGACGCGGGAUUUCCCUGAAUCUGAUGAUGACGAAAUGGCCGACUGGUUUGGGCAUGGAAACACCGAAACAAAAAUGCAUGUUCAAGCACCUGAUUAAUUGCAAGAUUGGUUGAAGUUAAAAGCAUUGCCAUGGGAAGCACAUGCAUCCCAACUUGAUUCAAAAUAGCAUUGCUCACUCGGAAAUAGUUGAAGGUGGUUUACAGGAAAUCCAAGUUCUUUCCACUCAUAUUGGUUAAGUGAUUAAAUUUAUCGUUCAUAUUAUUAAAUGUUUGAGACAAUAAUGACACAUCAGAUAAAUUAUCGUAUCAAGGUUUUUGAAUCUUGUUACAAGCAAGUAGGUCUAUCUGCCCAAUGAGCUUUAGCUCAAAUGGUAACUUUCUCUUUCUAUAGCAA